ACUAUUGUAGUUUAUUUUUCUAGUCUUGGGUGAAUUGUGUUCCUGCAAUUUUGUGUCCUAAUUGUGCUAAAACCCCUAAUCACUGAAUAAAAGUGCAGAAAAAUAACCAGUAGCAUAAGCCUUCCAAACAUUUUAAAGUAUCCCAACUUUGACAUGUCCACCAGCUGCACGCAUUCGCGGCAGCGUCAAUUUUUGCGUUUCGGUGGUAGCCUGCAGGAAUUGCGUGAGCAUUUGCAUCAAGAAAUCGAAAACAAAGCAAAACAGUGCUCUAAUUCCACUUACGAAUGCACAAUACCACGCGUUGAUGGUCACGAAUACUGUAUGCGCCACAUUUUGUGCGACCCAUCUGGUAAUUUUCGUCAAUGCACUUAUACCUAUCCAAAUGGACGCAAAUGCCCAAAUGCAUUACAGAAACAUGACAUCAAAAAAGAUCCUGCCUUGACAACACUUUGCUUCGACCAUAAUCGCCAAGCACAGCUGCAGAAAACGCACACUAUAGUGGGUAAAUUAAAGCGCAUCGAUACCAACGAAGUGCUGUUGAACAGCUUGGCACAUCACGUUAAUGUAGAAGAUGUGCAGCCAGAAGAAAGUGUGAGCGAACAAGAUGAAGAAAUUGAUGUUGUAUCACCACACGUGGCCCCAUUUGUUGCAUAUGACCAGGUUAAAAGCUUGAAUUCGGUUACAUCUCGUUUGCAAAAGAGACGACGCAUUCUAGAUUACGCUUCGGAUAGCUCAAGCGAGGAUGAUAAUCCACCCAACAUAAACAACACAGCACGGGGAUUUGAUUUCAUAGAGUCGGACAAUGAGAGCGUAGAUUCACAAGCUGAGGAUAUGUUGAAACACGCUGGCAUUUAUACGCGUGAGGAGGCUUUACGCAUCUCUGAAGCCAAACUAACUAAAUUGCAAGGAUUGUACAUCAACCAAAUCAAUCGCUUACAUCACACAUUGAAAGAGCGUCGUCGUCGUUAUCUACUUGCCUUGCGUAAGGAGCGUGAAAUGCUUUGUAGCAUUCACGACCAACUAAAAGACACGCCACGCGAACGCCAGCUUUAUGAUCAGCUUAAGGCACUCAAUACAUAUCACCGUCGUUAUGGUGUCGAGGCAGUGCUCCAUAAGAAAUUUAAAGAAAAGCGUUCCCGCGCCACAGAGGGCUAUACACAAAGAGGUCCCGGUUAUACCAAAUGUGUCUUCACUGAAGGCGGUGUUAAAUGCGGUGAACGAGCUAUGCCUUGCUGCAAAUUCUGCCGAAAACAUAUUUUGGAAGAUAAAAAACAGAUACUAUUCCGUGCCUGUGAGGUGGAGAAGAGCGGCGUUGUGUGCCAGGAACCCAUACCGUGCAUCUUUGACGAUGCAUCGACAUGUGUCUUGCAUUUGUCCAUACCUCCGCGUCGUCAAUACAUUCAAAAGAAGGAAGAAUCAGAAACCGAGGAAGAUGAAUUUAUGGAUGCUAAAGUGCCGAAGUUGGAGAAUUCGAAUUCGAGUAAAGUAGUGGGUUCGAUAUGUGAAAUUAGAGCUGCAGCUUCGCCGGCUAGGAAUAUAACCAUAUCACAUGACAAAAACGAAGCUGCUGAAGCAUCGAAGAUGAUGCAAUAGAAUACAAUUUACCGAUAUAUGUAGCAUACUUGUAGCAAAAAUCAAAAGCAGUUUAUGGAACGGUGUUUUAAAGAUGAAAUGUCUAAAUGAUCAUGCAAUAUUUUAAAGUGGUUUUAGCCGAAUGGUAAUUUAUUUUUGGAGGAGCUCAAUUGAGUAAAAAAUGUGGAAUAAACAUAUAUAUAAAGUGCUAGUCGGAUUAAAAAAAAAAUCUCCUUUAUAUACAUACAUACAUACUAUGUAUGUAUAUUCGUGCAUUGAGAGUAGAAAACUACUAAUCGGUCUUAGUUUUGUAUUAUGGUUUUAAAAGAAAUUCAACUUUUAACCCCUUGUCCUUAAAUAAUUUAUGUGUAAACCUACAUUGUUCAAAUAAUUUGUAGAUAUAUGUUUUCCAGGGAUUUGACUUUAUAGUGUUUCCUGCCUUUUGGUGCUAGAUUGGUAACACAAGGAAUGGCCAGGUUACUUCACGAAGUUGUAAUAGCAAUAAAAUUCCUUGACAUCCUUGGCCCGAAGUAGAUACUGGGGUUCCGGUAAAGAUUUGGGAUUUUUUUGUAAUCUUGAUCAAAAUAUCACCACACACCACACCACUUGCCUUUUAUGGAAGACAGAAUAUUUAUUGAACACAUGUACGGCGACUGCGAAGGUAGCAUAUUCGCUGGAAAUCCGCCUUGGACUAGCAUCUCAUCACGAUGACAAACCUUUGAGGUCAACGUGCCGAUACAAUAGCAGCAAAAGAAUUAUGGACAUUGUGGAUGCGAAGACUUCAACAAUUACAAACAACCCAAUUGAAGGAGAACUUGUAUUUUACUUUAAAGUUUUGGAUUUUAAUUUCCUUGUUAAUCAGCAACACUAAUCGAACAUCAUUACACACAUCUAUUAAAGUAAAUACAGUGCGCUGACAACUGUAGUUGAAUGUCCUUUCCGAGCUUGCUGCCAUAGUUUUCAGUUUUUCAUAUUUGACGAAAAGAAUCUAAAUAAGUAUGUAUGUAUUUUCAUACUACCAUUUAUAUUUUUGCCCUAAUAUUUGUAAGGUUCCGACGGAGAAAAGAUAUGCUUGUAAACUUGUAAUCCUUAAAAUAUGGAGUUAAAAACUUAUGCGGAGCAGCGAGCGUAUGAAAGCAAAUUAGUUGACAACCGGAAAUUUGACACACAGUUUGAAAGCUUUAUUGAUUUCGUUUCUUUGCCUGAACUAGCAUGACUGGUUUGAAAAGCACUGUAUGGUUUUAAGAAAUCAAACGACAGUUGAGAAAGCAGUAGAAUAAAAAUUACUUGCUUGAAACGGAAUCAUUAGUUUUGGUUUGUGUUCCGGUUGCCUUGCAGCUUAUUCCGUAAAGCGGGCCGUCAGAACGAAUCCGUUUGCGUCCGUGGCGGACGCUUUAAUAACGCCGUCAGAAUGGGUACUUGUACGUCACGUAGAGAGACGCCAUAAUUCAGGUGUUACAUUUGUGGACUCACAGGUGAAUACAAAUCCCAAACAUACCUUCAUCGUACCGUUUUAAGUUUAUAAUCUUCAACUUUCAUAAAUUUUUCGGUACUAUUAUUUAG